AUGGGGCCAUCGUUAAAGCCGCACAAAACAAGGAUUACGAAGUUGGGGAACACACUGGAGGAGCUGAUAGAAAGCUCCCAACAUAUGGUAACUUUCGAAAUCCCCAUCACGGAGAACGAAGAAGAGUCAAUGGAUCUCCUACGAACUAGGAUAAAAUCGAUACAACACCGCCACACCAACAUCGUCACAACCAAAGCAGCACUAGAGACAGCGGUCUCUAGCUAUCAGGAAGCCUUCAACUCGUUGGACAACAACUCUCAGCAAGAAGAACGAACAUCCCAAGAGACGUAUGUUGACCGUGCUUGGGAUUUAACAGCGACGGCACUCUCCCUUCUUAACAAGCUGGACGAAAAGGAGACAGAACUUUCCUCCAGACUGGAUAACUUCGCCCAAGCGGCAAGAAGAAGAGAGAGACAGCUCGAAACCAUCAACACACCUCAGGCAUCCAACGAAUCGUCAAGAUGGGCAACCCCGCCACCAGCCACCCAGCUGCAAUCAAUGCUGCCUAGGCUACAACUUCCCAAGUUUAGCGGAAGACGCGAGGAAUGGGGGUCCUUUUGGGCCAUAUUCCAAGUCACCGUGGACGAACAGCCAAUCCCCACGAUGAUCAAAUUUAACUACCUUCUCCAGUCGCUAGUAGGAGAGGCAAGGCAGACGGCAGCACAGUUUCAGGUGGUAGAAGCAAGCUAUCAACUAGUCAUCGAAGCUCUCAAAAAGAAGUAUGGCGAAGACGCAUCCAUCAUCGAAGACCUGUUGAUGCAGCUCGAAACCACCAAGGCGGAGGGAUUGUCCACUAAGCUACAGGCUAACUUACUAGAACGAAUUACAGCCAUCCUGACGCAACUAGCCGCGAAAGGCCAGGAUACUGAUCCGAGCGUGGGCGUCCUCAACAAGAGCUUCCUUGUCGAACGCUGCUGCCUGAGUGCAUCGUUCCAGACCGUACAGGAGGAAAUUGCCCUUACGAUGUUCUCCAUCGUUUUCCUCAAUGUAAUCGGAUAA